GAGGAGGCUGCAGAACAACCCGCCGCUCCGUGCAAUGGAUGCCGUCUGGCGUGACUAGCGGAGUGCGUGCCGUCGAUGUGGUGGCUGCUUCGAAACAAAGAGAGUUGCGACACGACGGCUAGCUGCGACUGGGAACAACGCUGUAAUCGCAGAAGGCGAAAGGUAUACUCACCAGUCGUUGAGUAACAGUCGUGCUCGUGUGUACUAGUAUCGGGAUUUUGAGAGGAAGAGGCAACACCUGUUGGCGCCUUGGAUUACAAUAGCUGCGACAAUUACAAAAGUCGAAAAGAACUAGAGUUCUAAUAAUUGUUAUUGUCUUGAGCAACGCCUGUUUCCACUUGUACCCGCGGGCUGUCAGUGCAGUGUCGACAGCAUCCUCUCUCAGUGUCAGUGGCGUGCGUGCGUACGUGCAUGCACCAGGUGUCACGUGUCAAGGUUGUGGCGCGAGCGGCGCUGCUUCCGCCAGACUGAGGAGGUUAGAUAGAAAGCUACAGCACAGUCAGAGGUACGUGAGCUGACUAGUAAUAAUUUUUACAUUGCAGUGUUUUACACGUUGUAUUGUGGACGAUGACGUCAUCACUGAAGAGGAAGCCCGCGCGCGCACCCUCCGCCCAGUGGAAGGGUUGGUUGAAGAUUGACAGCGCAAUGGACUUUGAGAAUGGAGUGGAGAGACUGCCGUCUUUGGACAUGCCAACCGCAGCCACCGUCACCACCCCCACCGCCACGGCCGACCAGCCGAGAGCCGCUGCAGCUGCGAUGGCAAGCCCGUCCUCCUUCACGCACCUGAAUCUGGCCCUCAGUCACACGCACGGCAGAACAAGCGAGGUGGACAACGAGGAUGAGUGUUCGGCCACGCUCAAGAAAACGGGCGCACGUGCUGACCAAGAGUCCGAGAGGCAGCAGCACGAUCGACCUGGCAGUCGCAGCAGUGUGCAAUGCACACCGGUACCACCAGCCGAUGAUAGUCCGACAGGUCACGUUACACCAAGAUCUUCGUUAUUGUGCACCGAACCCGGCGACGACUCAGACACAGCACUAGAACACACGUGCACAGCCGCUGCACUGCCAAGCACGCGCGAUGCCUGUGCGGGCACCCUGCCCACGGUUGAGCUUCUCCGUGACAUGCACCCUAACAGUGAAAGCUACGACUACAUCUACAAGAUCAUCCUGAUUGGUAAUCCCAGUGUGGGCAAGACGAACCUUUUCACACGCUUCACGGAGAACAAGUUUCGGCCAAACUCGUGCAGCACGAUUGGAGUGGACUUCGCAACAUGCUUCCUGAGAAUCGACAAUUGCCGUACUGUGAAGGCGCAGAUCUGGGAUACAGCCGGGAUGGAACUUAACCGCAACAUCAGUAGCGUGUUCUACCGCAGCGCAGUCGGUGUGAUUGUUGUCUACGACGUCACGGACGAAAACUCCUUUGUAAGUCUCGACUAUUGGUACCAAGAACUGGACAAAUUGUGCAACGAAGAUGCAGUGCGGAUGCUGAUCGGCAACAAAAUUGAUCUGGAGACUGAACGGACCGUAUCAACCUUCCGCGGCCGAAGCCACGCCGAGGAACGGAACAUGCAAUUCAUGGAGACGAGCGCUCUGGCCAGCAAGAACGUGGACAAGGCCUUUUUGGAGCUCUUCGCUCUUUGCGACGCUGGGCUUUUGGCAGCCAGAGCAAAGUCAGAUAGUGAGUACAUGAAUUUUGAGCGCCCCAUGCCACCUGGUGGUGGAUUCUACCUGCGAGACGACAAAUCAAGUCCACCGGAGACUCCGAGGAAAAGGCACAGACGCUGCUGUAAAAGUUCUUGACUUCCGUGCACAUGCGGUGGAGAAAUGAAAGCUGUUUGUGGAAUGUUAGCAAACGUCUUGAUCAAGGCCUACUCAUAUUAAAGUUAUAUCAGCAAAGAAUCUGAAUAUUUGUAAAAAAAAAUGAAAAAAGAGAAAAAAUUAAAGCUGUUUAUGGAAUGUUAGUAACGUCUUGAUCAACGCUACUCAUAUUAACAUUUUAUCAGCAAAGAAUCUGAAUAUUUCUAGUGUCAUGAUGAAAGUAUUUUGUUAUAGUGUACCGGGAAGAGCUGGAUUCUCCUUUUGUUAAAACAAGUCAUGUGUGGAGUUCUAUUUUUUUUCUUCAUGUGAUGAAAGAUGACUACGUUUCGCUUGGCUGCUAAUUAAUUUGAAGUAUGUGCUUGACAAUUUGAAAGAUCAGAAGUGUUUAUAGUACUUUUUACUGCACAAUGACUAGAUCAACUUCUGGUCCAUUCUCUGUACUAUGCAUACCCCACAAGAAAGUAAUGUAUGAAUCAGUGUUGGGAACCUUGA